UACUCUAUAGGGCGGUCGGAUCGAUCAGGCGAGGCCUUCGGCCUGCUGUCAAAUAAGAGAUGAAAUGUCGGGAACCCAGGCUCAAGUCUUGCUGUUGCUGCGUGAAUCUGCGGAUGGGCUGCAGUUUUCUGGCGCUAUUCGAGAUUUUCUCAUCGAUACUAGGGAUCUUUGCGGGAGAAGGUGCUCGGCUUUUGGUGAUUGGCAGGGCUGCCUAUAUGCUGCAUUUUAUCGGAUCCAUUUUCCUUCUGAUAAGCACUUUCAUGCAGAUCGAAGUGCUGAUCCUCAUCUAUCUGGUGACCAACAUAGUCCAUCUGAUCUUCUCAACAGCCUUCCUUAUCGAGUACGCCGCAAGCUGCGGUUUCUGCACCCUGGAAGCCAUUCCGGUCUUUAUCACACUGAUCAGUGGAUUUUCCCUCAGUUUUAAGCCUAUAUUGCUGGCUGGUGGCCUUCUCCUACUUGCGACGCCUUCAAUGGGAAAACAAUCCCGAAAACGACGACUGAGGCUGACGGCAUAUAUCGUUAAUUCUGGAUCUUGAGUGUUUAUUCUGUGCCUUUUGUGUUGCUUCAGCGCUGUGUACUUUUCGUUUUUGGCCUUAAUUUCACACUAAUUUGUAAAUUUGCCUUUAAUGCCAAAGACAAAGAAGAAACCGAAAAGAGCAAAGUUCCGCAAAUUGUUUGCACAGGGAAAUAUAUAUUUUGUAUUCACCGAGUA